GCCCGUGACAGCACAAUUAAGUAGAGGCAUCGGAAAUCAUGCCUACCAAGAAAAAGAAUGAAGCGGCUUUGAAGAAGCUAGAAGAUACAAUGGUCGACGAUGACGGUGAAGAAGAUGAGGUUGAAGACGUCGGUGGAGGUAGUGGCAGGGGUAAACGAAAGCGUCGUGAAUCAAAAAGUUACGAACCUGAUGAUUUCACAAUGGCAUCGCAUAACCAUACCCUGAAAUUAUCGUCGGUUCCUAAAGGACGUGGGAAAAAAUUAGGGGACAUCCCAGCGGUAAAGUCUAGCAUGAACAAGUAUAAACUCAACACAGAAGAGCUCUUAUUUGCCUACAAAUUUGUUUUUUCGAAUCGCGGCACAGCGAAUAAGAAGGCAAUGAAAUCAAAGUUAUUGGAAUUUAGUGGUUAUCUUCCUCCGCUGCCGAAGGGUAAAUAUAAUAAGGAGCAGCAAGACGAAAAAGACGAAGUUUUUGAGGUGAGUGUGCCUGCUCGUUCUCUGGAGGUCGUCAUUUGACUUUAAGUGAAAUCCAUUUUCAAUCAGCACGUCUUUCAUUUUCUAAACCGCUCGUAAAUUGAUGAAGACGAAAUAUGCAACAAAAGCCUUCCGAAUGAAUUUGAAUCAAAUCAAGACGCUCUGUACCUUUUUCGGUGUCGAUUACAAUGAUGAAAAUGGGAAACCUUUGAAAAAGGAUGACGUGAUUGAUCGUCUUUUGGACUUUUUGGGUGAACCUGAUGAAAGCUUGCUGAAGAAAACGAUCUCGUCAGAGAAACAGAAAAAAGCCGUUCCUAAGCAACAGAAGAGAGCGGGAGGAAAUCUUCCUGAAGACCCAUUUUCAUUGAUAAGGGAUUACAAAAAGGGAAAGUUUCCUAGCGAUAGUGCUAUGCGACAAUGGGUGAAGGCAUAUAUUGUUUGUAUCGACAUGGAAACUGCAACUACAAAAGAUGCUGUUCAUACCGCCACGGCCAAGUUUGGAGUUGACAUGGUCAGCAAGAAGGCUCGCAUCAAGGAGCUUCUAGCUGAGGAAAUUUAAUGUACUACAUUUAAUACCUGGAGUAGUUUCUUGAUGCUCUUAGGAGAUUGUCUUUAAAAGGUCGUAAGGAGCAAAAUGCAGUCGCCUCUGGACAUAAAAGGUGACAACUUGUUUCAAUCACAAUCUAUGCAAUUUGGAAAAGAAUACUAGAUCAAACUCUUCAUGAUUCUGAUCCAAACCCCUUGCUUUUCAAAAAGCCUAUUUUCAUUAGGCAUCUACUAGGAUGGGUUGUUGGCCAGGUUUGUAUGGGGCUGUGUAUUGGUAUACAAUCAUAGAAUGAAGAUACAAGAGGAAGAGUAGGAAGAAAAUAUUGGAAGGUGUAUUCCUGUCCCCAUUUAUUAUGAAAGCUGCGGUCUCAAUGGCCAUUACCUCUUAUGUAUUUUGUAUCCAAUUCAUUUGAAUUUGGAUGGAUAAAUUAACCUCUCUACACAUU